AGUCAGUGAUGAUUGAAUGCUUCUUGUGAGUGGGUGGCGCCGGGUGGUGUUAGACUUGAGUUCAAACAGAGGUCAUACAGCGAUAAACGGUUGAUCACAUUAGAAGUGCAUAUCUGUAAACGCUACCCGUGACUUGUAAAUUAAAAGAAAUAUGGAGCUUAUAGGCAGUGUAAAAACCUACGAUUGGGGUAAGUUAGGUCAGGAUUCAUUCGUGGCCAAAAUUGCCUCGGCCAACAACAGUCAAUUCGUGCUGGACACGAAUAAACCGUAUGCUGAACUGUGGAUGGGAGACCACUGCAGUGGUCCUUCGCUAGUCAAAGCUACUGGCGAGGAGCUUGGGGUUUUCGUUCAACGGGAUCCGGUCACUAAUCUGGGGGCGGACACGACAAAACUAUCGUACCUAUUCAAAGUGCUAAGCAUUAGAAUGGCGUUGAGUAUCCAGGUGCAUCCUGAUAAGGUUGAAGCGGUUAAACUGCAUGCAACAUAUCCGGAUAUCUAUAAAGACCCGAACCACAAGCCCGAGCUGGCCAUUGCUUUGACUGAUUUUCAAGCCAUGUGCGGUUUUCGUCCGUACGAUGAAAUUUAUUCUCUUUUGAAAAGCUGGCCCGAACUAGAAAUUUUGUUGGGAAAGGAUAAAAUUCAGAAACUUGAAACAGGCGGUGAACAAGCUCUUCGGGAUUUGUACGCUACGCUAAUGCACAGUAAACCGGACGAACUGAAAAACUGCAUAUCACAAAUGCUUUCGAAAAUUACGGCCAAAGCUGACCCAUCCAGUUUAGACAAGCUUUUCCUGCAGCUGCAUAAAGAUUUUCAAAACGAUGUGGGUCUUCUUUCGAUCUACUUUCUUAAUGUUCUAAAUUUAAAACCUGGCCAAGCCAUCUAUCUGUCGGCUAAUGUGCCCCACGCCUAUCUGGCAGGCGAUUGUAUCGAAUGUAUGGCCUGCUCCGACAAUGUGGUCCGUGCCGGUUUGACCCCGAAGUUCAAAGAUGUCGACACACUGCUACGGUUGGUCAGCUACGAGGGAGCUUCAGCAGAUUCGAAACUUUUUCAACCGGUCCAGCUAGAUCAAGCUGGGCAGCCGUACACGAAAACAUUCAUUCCGACGGUGAAGGAUUUUUCCGUAGCUGAGAUCAAGGUUCCGGAAGGUGUUUUUGAGUACACUAUUCGUAACGCUAAGAAUGGAUGUAUUGUUUUGGUUUGUUCGGGAUCAGCAAAGUUGACCUUGAAUGGAAUGGAUCCGGUUGAUUUGGCAUUUGGUAAGAUUGUGUUCGUUCCUGCCAGCGCUGGUUGCGAGCUGCGGCUAUCAAUUUCGGAAAGCGGCAGUGAGUUUGUUGCCUAUCAAGCAAUGUCGAAUGAUUUCUAGGAGUAAUAAAUUAUAUUUGGA